GCUCCCUGAACCCACUACCCACAUUCUAGAGCACUGUACCGGUGGGUAGCUGCGGAGCACGGUCUGCGAGCUACGCCAAUUGUGACUCUUCUAGUCCCCUGAAACAUCGCGAUGUUCUCCCGGGUGCCCAGGAACCUUCUCAACUCCGUUUGCGUCUCGGCGCAGAGGAACUUCUCCGUCACCUCAAAGAACAAUGUCAAGGUGGCAGUUCUGGGUGCCAGCGGUGGCAUCGGGCAGCCGCUGUCACUGUUGCUCAAGCAGCACCCCGGCAUCACAUACCUCUCCCUGUAUGACAUUGCACACACACCUGGUGUUGCAGCCGAUUUGAGCCACAUCAACACACGGGCCCAGGUCAAAGGCUUCAUGGGAAACGAUCAGCUCAAUGAGUCACUGAAGGGCAUGGAGAUUGUGGUGAUCCCGGCUGGUGUGCCUCGCAAGCCCGGCAUGACACGGGAUGACCUGUUCAACACCAAUGCGUCCAUUGUGCGGGACCUGGCCGAAGCCUGCACCCAGCAGUGCCCAAAAGCCAUGCUCUGCAUCAUCUCGAACCCUGUCAACUCCACCGUGCCCAUUGCAUCUGAAGUGUUCAAGAAGCGUGGAGUCUAUGACCCCAACCGCAUCUUUGGUGUCACGACCCUGGACAUAGUUCGUGCCAAUGCUUUCGUGGCACAGGCAAAGGGUCUUGACCCAGCCAGCGUCACUGUCCCAGUAGUGGGUGGACACUCUGGUGUCACAAUCGUGCCGCUACUGUCACAAGCAACGCCCUCCGUCAGCUUUCCACAGCCCGAGUUGGAGGCACUCACCAAGCGUAUUCAGGAGGCUGGCACCGAAGUGGUCCAAGCUAAGGCCGGCGCUGGCUCUGCAACCCUGUCCAUGGCAUUUGCUGGUGCCAGAUUUGUAUUCUCGCUCAUCUCUGCUAUUCAAGGGAAGGAAGGAGUAGUGGAAUGCGCAUUCAUCAAGUCUUCCGAGACCGAAGCCACAUAUUUCUCAACCCCUCUUCUUCUUGGCAAAAAUGGCGUAGCGAAGAACCUUGGCCUCGGCAAGCUCUCCCAGUACGAAUCUGAGCUUGUGAAGACGGCACUACCUGAGCUGAAGGCCAACAUCAAGAAGGGAGAGGACUUUGCCAAGAAGUAAAAUGCAGACCUUGGAAUUGAAUUAACUAUCAUUCGACGUGUGUUAAGUGUUCAUCAGCCAAGACAUUGCAACUAAAUAAAAGAUCCAUUGGAUGUGCAA